GGCGGCGGCGGCUCCGGGCAUGCUCCGCCGCGGCGGGUGCAAGCGGGCUGGUGUCGCUGGUCCCCGGCCGGCCGGAGCGGCGGCGGUGGCGGCGCCGGGUAGCAUGAGGGAGCCGAUAGGGCCUGCCAACUUAAGGAAUGCUGAGGGCCACUCACUUGCCAAGGCCAGCAGCCCAGGGAGGGCGAGUGUGGGUCUUGCCACCACGACGGUCCCAGCGACGGAGCUUUGAUGAGGCCAGUGCAUUAUGUACAGCGUAGAAGACCUCCUGAUUUCUCAUGGAUACAAACUGUCAAGAGAUCUCCCGGCACCACACGAGGAUCACUCAGAGGGGCGCCAGCCCGUGCGGACGAGAGCCAGAGCGGGCCUGCUGAACGGGUGUGAGGAUGGUCCUGCCGCCUUCCCACCCAGUAAGUCAUCGCUGGGGACAGGACACGGGAAUGACUCGGAAAAUGACCGCCGCGCACUGAGAGGCCCCGGAGAGCCCCAGAGAACCUCUGCUGCCAGAACGUCUGAGGCGGGGUUUUAUCAUCAACCCAUGCUAGCGUGGUCCUCUCAGCCCCAGAGCGGUCACAAUCACGCCUAUUGGAGAAGAGGACAGGAGGUCAGUGGCCUGCUGGGUCCAAGGGACCGAGAAGACCUGGAGGUCAGCGGAAUGGCCCAAGCCCACAGUCUGCCAGUCUACGCAAGGGAGGGUCCAUGGGAAGUUGGAGGAAGGACAGAGAAUGUGACGAAGAAGGCAGUUUGGGAAGAAGAGCUAAGAAUGGAGGGUCCUGCCAAGUGGCAGAAUGUGAGCCUGGAAAGCUGGAACCAGCCAAAGAAAUUAGGGAGACAGAUGUCUGACGGUGACAGGGAAAAAUUGUUUCAAGAUUUGUACCCAUUCAUGCGAGGAGAACAUGUGCUGAAUUCCCAAAGCAAAGGGAAAUCCCGGUCGUUGCCUAGAGUUCUCUCUCCCGAGAGUCUGAGUUGCAUGGAAAUUCCGUUAAGUGAUGGGCGUUUACCAGGUGUCCCUAAAAUGCCAUUUUACCCUUCAAAUGGUGCCCCCAAUCUGGAAUCCACAAGAAACCCUGAGAAGGGUGGCUCCUCGGUCCCUUUUUCCCGGCCAAAGUUUGGGAGACUUCUCAAGCCUCCCGCCUAUGAUUCCCACCAACAUCCCAGGGGAGGAGUGGAAAACAGCGGCUACCUGGACAGCCAGCAGACAGACCUGAGCAUCGUUUGCUUGACCAAAGCGCACGACCCCAGGCAGGAGCUCUGCCUGCCUGACUCGGGCUUGGAGCCUCCAGUGUACGUGCCUCCGCCAUCGUACAGGUCGCCACCCCAGCACAUCCCGAACCCCUACUUGGAGGAUUUGGAGCCCAGGCCUGUGUGUGGUGAUCGUCAUCAUCCAGCGGAAGAGGCCACGGGCAGCUGUCCGCUUCCUUCUGGCUCCCUGGGGAGUGGGAGUGAGUAUGGUGCCGGCCCACGCUCUCCCCGAAGUUUCCCUCAACAGCCCCGUCCCACCACUGCUUACGACGGCUCCGUUCUGUAUAUUCCCUUUGACGACCCACGGAUACGACAUAUUAAACUGGCCCAACCCCAGGGUUUCUGUGAAGAAAUAAAGAUGGAUGAGAAAUUGUACAGCUCUGGUUCGGUCUGUGCCCCAGAGCCAGCUCAUGGAUACAUGUACCAUGACGGUGCCGUUUUGCACCCACAGAGCAUGAUGCCCCCAUCAGGGAGUGAGAAAGGCCCCGUCCUUGCCAGUCCCAGCCCCCUGUGGCCAUGGGGCCAGCUCCCCAGGGAUGGAGAAAAUCGUGGCUUUCCUGACCAAAGAGACCACUGUGUUACGAGAGGACAGUGGCCUGAGGUGAGCAGCAGCCAGCAUGGACAAGCAGAAAGCCAAGUCUCCUCCCCACACCCCCAGGGCGAGAGUACCUGCGAAACCCGAACCCAGCUCAAAAAGUUUGAAACUGGGAUUCAGACCAAGAAAAGUUCAAAGAAAAAAAUGAACGAGACAAUAUUUUGCUUGGUUUCCAUCCCAGUUAAGUCAGAAUCGCAUCUGCCAGAUACAGAUACCAACAACAAUGACUUAAAGCAGAGCGCGGAUACAAAGCCUGGGGCUGAUAAGGGUGCCGCUCUCCAGGAGCAGAGGCUGCUGAGCAUGUCUUCCACCGACCUGGAACUGCAAGCCCUCACAGGAAGCAUGGCUGGGAGAACAGAGUUCCAAAAACAAGGUCUGGGGGACCCAGGAGAAGGGAAACAAACAGAUGACCUCAGAUUCAUUCACCCUGUGAAACACAGAGAACUCAAGUCCUCUGGCUCGUGGCCAGGGCACCACUACAGAGAUCAGCAAACACAGACCACUUUCAGCGAGGAAUCCAAAAGCCUGCAGCCCCUCCUUGAUGAAACGUCGGGACGGUCACCUAAUGCGGUGCUGACUUCACUUCUAGAUCCUGCUGCCUCAGAAGCUCAGAUGCCUAUGGCGUUAGCUGCCAGUGACCAAAACCAGAGGCCAAAUGCUCAUCACCUCAAAGGUCAACUGUCCCUCACCCCUUCCAGCUACAGUGCUUUUUCAAGGACUUCCUCUUCCGUGAACCAGGCCCCUGUGCCAAAGGCGGGCCAGAGUCAGGUGUGUGUGGAUGGCCCCGGACAGGGAGGCAGCCCCGUGCCUAGGGGCGAGGUGGUGAAGGGGGCGACCACAGGCCCCUGCAACAGUCAACAGCUGUUUGGUCAGUUUCUUUUAAAACCAGUUAGCCGACGUCCCUGGGAUUUGAUAAGUCAGUUAGAAAGUUUUAACAAGGAGCUUCAGGAAGAGGAAGAGAGCAGUCAUAGCAGCACUCGCAGUGAGGACAGUGAGACAGAAUGGCAGCUGCAAGACCCUGCUGACUCCACAGCCAAUAAUAUGGGCUGCAGUGAUGCCAGCCGUGAAAGGAGAACGGAGGAACCGCCAAGGCGGCCGGUGCAGGAGGAGCUCGUGUUGAGGUCGGGAAGAGUUCAGAGUAAGUCUGAGAGUUGGAGUGAGGAGCAGAAGCCUGCCAUCCACCACCUGGGUGCCCGUCCUCAAUCCCCGGGCCCUCCACAGGCAGAAGACAGCAGAGGUGAAGCGUUGCUGUCAGCACAUGGAAGCUGGAUUACAGAGAAGAGAAACCAGGAGAUCAAGAAAAGAAUAAAGGAGCUCGCGGUCAGCCCAGGUCCUGUGAAAAGAAUGACGUCUUCUAGGUCAGGUGACACAAAACCAGUGUCUGAUCCAGCUGAACUGAGGGAGCCCCAGCAAAGGCAGGAACUCCCCAGUGUUUCAAGUUCUAUGGAGCUGAGCAAAUCAGGAACCCCUGUGAAGGCCGGUGGUGGGCAGGACAGGGACACGGUGGUCCGUCUCUCUCUUGCCAGCAAAUCCCGGGGACUCUCGGCACCCGACUUGAGGUCUGUGGGGCUGACCCUGGCACAAGAGCAGAGUGCCAAUAAGUUAGAUGGGUCUUCAGGUGACGCGAGUGCAAUAGAAAUCCCCCCAAACGAGUCCCUUCAAGCGAGGGCUGUGAGGAUCCUGGGCAUCGAUGUGGCCGUGGAGUCCUUGCUGCCAGGCACCAGGAGAAAAGGACAGAACCAUCACCCCGAGCCUGACGGCAGUGCCCGCAGGCCGGCGUCCCCCAGGGAGGAGCCAGUAUCCAAUCCAACACGGCCAGAUAACCCCACAGUGUGCACUGAUGCCUUUUAUGGCAGGAGAAAGUGUGGCUGGACUGAAAGCCCUCUCUUUGUAGGGGAAAGGGACAGUGCCCGACGGGCUCCCUGGACUUCUGAGCGCUCAGGUGUGGACGGAGCCAUCCCCAGCAAGGCCCCCAACCCCGAUCCUCCCGCUAGGGCCCCGGAGUCCACGCCUUUCAUUCACAAGGAUGUGGAGACAAAACCACCCUUCAGGUCCACUCUGUUCCAUUUUAUAGAAAGGACUCCAAGUGUGGCAGGCUCACAGAAGCUGAGAAGCACUUCCAAAGUGAUUGAAAGUUUACAAGAGAAACUGGCUUCCCCGCCUAGGAGAGCUGACGCUGACCGCUUGAUGAGAAUGAAAGAGGUGAGCUCUGUGUCUCGGAUGAGGCUCCUGAGCUCUCGGAGCGCCGACUCCAUGGAGGAAGGCAAGGGAGCCAAGGCUGAGAGGGGGCCUGGGGUGCCACCCGGAGGCCUGGUGUCUCUGACCACUGAGGACCUGGCCUGUCAGGAGGAAAAUGGGCUCUCUGUCUCCAAGGGCGCCCUCUCAUGGGAAGAAAACAGGCACCUGGCAGCAGGCAGGGAGAAGAGGACCGUGGAUCAGGACUUCUGGUGCCCAGAUUCCUAUGACCCUAGCAGAGUGGAGAGGGUGUGAUGAGAUGCCAGUGAAGUGUGGGCUAAUCGAAGUAUUUGCUAAUUGACUGUUCUCUGAUUUUAUCUGCCAGCCAGCUUGCCGGGCGGGCUAUCAGCUGGAAACGGCCGGCUUUCAGUGCACUACGACAUCCAUUACCACUACCACCAGGAAACUCCUCAUCCCUACAGAAUAGCUUUGUGGAAAUAAAGCAGCAGUUCAUUGAGACCAUCUGUUUUUACAGCAUGAAGAGUUAAUACCUAUAUUUAGAAAAGAGUCGCUUAGACUCUCCUGAAUGUCGGGGUUAGCCAUCAUGGUUCAGUUGACAAUUUGGACAUGGACGAUACAGUGAAUGGUUUUGAAAGUACUGUGAAUGUCAUAAAUUCCCCUUUGCAUUUCCAGGGCCUGCUGUCCGUGCUCAUUUUAAGGAGCUUGGGACAUAGGCUGUUGCCUAGUGUUUCUGCACUUUGAGUUUAGGGAAAUGUGAAUGACUAUAUCUGAUCCAUUUCUAAUCAAUUUGGCCUUCUGCAGCUGGAAGGAACUUUACUUACAAGUAACUUGCUAUCAGAGAAUAAAAGCAAUAUCUUUUAAGUUCCGAAAAGAUUAAAACUCGUACUAUGAUGUACUAAGAGUAUUAUUUAUCUGGUAAUGAAAUGCUUUGAUCGUUUGCAAACAUACCAUUGUCUGCUUUGCACUCAGUAUUAUCUAUCUAUUUUUAUUUCCUGUAUGGAUGUUUAGAAAUUCUUUGUAUGAAAAAUAAUUACUGGUUUAAAAUAGACCAUUUUAACAAAGUAACUAUAUUUCUUUUUACAAAAAUGCUAUUUUUCUAUGAUGUAAACAGUUGUUAGGCGGCAGAUUUUUAAGGAAGUAUUAUUUUAUUUAAGAGUCUGUAUCCCUUUGUAUGAGAGGGACCCAGAUAGAGUUCACGUCUGCUUUAAAGCAUCUAUCCCUUACCCAUUCACACUUCUGCUCCUUCUAUUUUAUCUUAGAAAGGGAUGUCAAUGUAGACAUUUUACAGGGUUAAUCAAACUGUCAGAAAUAAUUUUUUUACAAAUGUAACUGUAGAGUUAUUUGUGAAAAUAACCCUCUCAAAACCAGCCAAUGUCUUUAUAGCAAUUUUUACUGCCAUAUCUGUAAGAUUUACCAAAAAGUGUAGUUUCAUCUUUGUAUAUCUGUGGGGAUCUGCCCUGAGAUCAUACUUUCCUCCCAACCCCACCCCCUGCCCCUUUGAGAAAUAUGUAUUUUUAUCUAGAAUGAUCCUUAAUUGGUCUCUGCAUAUUUUUAAAAGUGCUAGAGACAUUAUAUAUAUGCCAGUACAAAAGCAUUAUGAGGCCUAUGUAUUCUACUGUGUUUACUAUUGCAUUAACCUGCACAAAGUUUAUGCAUUUUUUAUGCAUUUGUCCCUCCUUUCUAAGUGAGGUAUUCUUAUUAGCUAACAUAUUUCCUGAGUGGUUCUUGUCUCCUUCCACCCUUCCUUCUUCCCUCCCUUUCUUUCCUUUCCUUCCUUCCCUAUUUCUUUAAUUAUCUUCCUCUUUUUUUCUUUUUCUUUUCUUUGUUUAAAAUUUUUUUGAGAAACCACCUGAGCUAUUUUUAGACAUUUCAAAUUCCUAAAAUGUGAACUGUUGGGUGGUCUACAAUUUGGUCCCAAAACGACUCUGACCAGGCUUUUAUUUUUAUCUGCGCCAUAUGAUUUUAUUUCAUAAGAACUUAAUGUAUUUGGACUGUAAUAAACAACACAGAAUCUAAGUAAUUCUGAAAAAUCUUUUCAGAUACACUUAUCUACAGUCUUGUUUCUUACCUAUAACUCACAGUCACUUCUUUCCAGAUUUUGGCUCAUGAAAAGUUAUAAUAGGCGCUCGCUUUCACAACACAAUGAGAUGGGCCAAGUUUCUGUUAGGAAUGGCUGAAACUGUUUUUCCCAGGAAAAAUUUAGUGGGAAAGAGGUCGCUUACUCUGUUAUAGUUGGUGACUCACUUAAGUCAUCUCUCUGGUAGAACUAAACGAGGGUGGUUACCUGGAGGCGUUGUGGGCGUCCUGCUUCCCUAUUUAACUGCAAAUGAAAGAAGGUGUACGUGUGUAUGUAUACAUACGCAGAUACAUAUAUAUGCACAUAUAAGGUAGACACACAUAUAUAUAGAUAUAUUUUAACUCUGUUCUGACUCUCUUUGAAAUUUUGUUGAUCCCGUCUAAAGACUCUUUUCAUCAAAAGAAUCAAAUUUUAGUUUACUCUUCAAGAGAAAUAGAAGGAUCCUAAAGGGAAAAAAAAAACAUUGUAUUAUACCUUGUGUGUAUCACAAAACAAAAUAUGAUAGUCUUCUAUUUUGGUUUAUUCUAAAUUGUUGCAUCAUAGCUUUCUGAAAUGAUUCUGAAUUUAGUUGAAAUUAUCAAUAUUUUAAUCUUAAUUUCUAGAUUUCAGCCUGUACAGGAAGCGUUUGGGGGAGGGGGAACUUUGAAAAUUGGACUUUUAAACUUGCAUAUUCUGAGGUAAAUAACAGCCUCUAAUCAAAAAUAGCUUUCCCAGAGGUUUUGAACUUAAUUACUCUUAUAUUAUUUCUAUUUCUCAUACAUACAAAGCUCUUCAUUAUUAUUUUGUGACUGGAAAAAAUCUUUUCAUAUUUUGUGUUUGUCAUUGUUUUUCUCAUGUGUAUGACUUACUUUUGGUAUUUAAUCAUUUGGGGCUUAUAAAAUUAAAAGUUCUAAUUUUGACUA